GUUGAAUUAGACCGUGACCCAUAUUUUGAGCGGAUAAUAUUUACUUUGAUCGGCGUUGAACAUGCUCUAAUCUCCAGCCUAUUUACACUCCGCCCCGCCCUCUUCUCCAUCCCUGUUAAGCAUGAAAUUCAGUGGUUCCGCAACUUCGCAUCAACCAAUGCCGCGUCACCGAGCUGGGACGAGAAAUUCUACCCCUCCGUGGAUAACGCCCUGUUGGGCGGUCAUUUGCGCUUCCUGCGAAUCGCCUGCUACCAACUGGUUAGUUCGCUGCUGUUGCGCUCAAAUUGGGCCGGCCAAGAACUUGGUCUGGCCGCAGGUACACCGUCUUCCAUCAUCACCACCACCUCCAACUCCUUGCCACCCUCAACUAAUGGCUUCUACAUGGGUGAACCGACGGACUACUGCAGAACCUGCCCUCGUCCCUCCACCUGCCAGGGUCUCUCUGCGCCCUCCAAUCUGCUGUCCCUACUGCGUUCAAAGGUACGUAGUCAACAUCCUGGCCCUUGUCCAAAAUGGGUCUUUGCAGUCGCGUAA